UCCCCUCCCCCCUCCUCCACUAACACUCCUGACACCUCCACCGACGUCGCUCCGACCAGGAAGACCAGGAGGAGACCGGAGCCCAAACCUGAGACCAAAGCUGAGGAGACGCCGAAAGUAGAAGAGCAGCAGGAAAAGACUCCCGCUGAGUCCACAGUGGCUCAGGCUGGAUGGGGCUAUUGGGGCAGUUGGGGCAAAUCCAUCUUAUCCACGGCAACCGCUACCGUGGCAACAGUAGGUCAGGGUCUGACGCAGGUGAUAGAAAAGGCGGAGACGUCUCUGGGAAUCCCGAGUCCGACCGAUCUGUCGGCUCAAGUGGAAGAAGAGCAGAAAGAAGCAGAUGAACUCAGCUCUCAGAAGGAUAAGUCAGAUGCAGACGGCUCUGCAGCGGUUGUAGGAAGUGCGAUGGGAAUGUUGUCGUCGUUCUCCAGCGUCGUCCAGAGCACCGGUAAAACGGUGCUAACAGGCGGUCUGGACGCUCUGGAGUUCAUCGGGAAGAAGACCAUGGAUGUGAUCGCGGAGGGAGAUCCCGGCUUUAAGAAGACCAAAGGACUCAUGAUCAGGAACUCCACGCUGUCUCAGGUGUUGCGGGAGGCGAAGGAGCGAGAGGAGCAGCAGACGGCAGAGAAGGACUCGUCAGACUCAGAGAAGAAGCCGGUGGCUCAUUAUGGGAUGUUGUUUGAUGAAUAUCAGGGUCUGUCGCACCUCGAGGCGCUCGAGAUCCUGUCCAGAGAGAGCGAGUCCAAGGUGAAGUCCGUCCUCACCACUCUCUCAGGAGACGAGCAGCAGAGACUCAGAGCCGAUCUGGAGCUCAUCAAGGAUUCUUUCUCUCUGGUGGAGUUCGACGACGAGGAAGUGGACGAGAGGAAGGACGGAGACGGCUCGGAGUUUGAGAAGGAGUUAACGGAGGCGAUGGAAGGACUCAGCGUCUCUUCAACUGUCAGCAAACUCUGCAAGGCCUGUAAGAGCACCUGCAGCCAGAUCACUGCUAUGACCAAACCAGAGAGGGAAGAGGAAGAGGAACAGGAAGAGGAAGAGGAAGAGGACAGGAAGAAGUCUCACUCUGUAGAGGAGGUUCACGCUGCAGCCAUCAGGAGUCUUGCAGAGCUGACGGCUCGGUCCAUCGAGCUUUUCCACAAACUGGCCGAGAUGAUCCUCUUCUCCAACGGCAGCACGGAGGCCAGCGUCCUCUCACAGUUAACGGUCGUUCUGUGUAAAGAACUCUCUCUACUUUCCAAGAAGUUCACUUCCUGUCUAACAACAGCAGGGUCAAAGGAGAAAGGUGAAGUCCUGAACCCGCUGAUAACUGGAGUCUUCUUAGAGGCAUCCAACAGUGCUUCCUACAUCCAGGAUGCUUUCCAGCUGCUGAUGCCGAUCCUGGAGAUUUCUCACAUCCAGAGGAGAGAAGAAGAAUCCACUCAGCAUUGAGAGGAAGUAGCAGCUGGUGAUGAUGAUGUCACUUCCUUUAAAAACAGCUCAGGACUAAAUCAAUUCGGAGGAUAUCAACUGUCUAAACUUUUUUUUUUGUCUCAAACAGUGUUAACUUAGUUUAUGGACUCGUUGAAUUAAAGGAGCAUUCACACAUUUCUGAUAAGAAGAGAGACAAACAUGAUAUUCCUCCUUCUUUAUUCUAACUUGUACACUACUUCCUGCCUCAAAGAGCAAAGGACAUAAAAGACAUAAAGGACAUAAAGGACAAAAAGGACAGAAAGGACAGAAAGGAUGGAGAGACAGAAAGGAUAGAAAGGAUGGAGAGACAUAAAGGACAGAAAGGAUGGAGAGACAUAAAGGACAGAAAGGAUGGAGAGACAGAAAGGACAGAAAGGAUGGAGAGACAGAAAGGACAUAAAGGAUAGAAAGGAUGGAGAGACAGAAAGAAUGGAGAGACAUAAAGGACAGAAAGGAUGGAGAGACAUAAAGGACAGAAAGGAUGGAGAG